UUGGAUGACAGGGCGCUAGCUGAUGAGAGAUAGGACAAACAUACAAGGGUCGUUUCUGUGUUUAGGGACUGCGAACUUGUGCUGUCAAACAAUGCUUCUUAGCAAGGUACUCAGAACCAGCGUGCGGUCUGGGAUCUGGCUACGGAGCUCCAGUACUGCUCCUGCUGCCCAUGUCACAACAGCUUCCAGUGGCCAGUCAUCAUCCCUGGGCUUCUCGUUUGAACUGAGUGAUCAGCAAAAGGAGUUCCAGCAGCUGGCGAGGAAGUUUGCACGUGAAGAAAUCAUACCUGUUGCAGCUGCUUAUGACAGGAGUGGAGAAUAUCCUGUCCCACUCAUCAGGAAAGCAUGGGAGCUUGGUCUGAUAAAUAAUCACAUUCCACAGGAAUAUGGUGGAAUGGGCUUGUCAGGCUUCGACACCUGCCUCAUCACGGAGGAGUUGGCUUAUGGCUGCACAGGAGUACAGACUGCUAUUGAAGCAAACUCUCUGGGACAAAUGCCUGUUAUUCUUGCUGGCAAUGAUGCACAGAAGAGGAAAUACCUGGGAAGAAUGACAGAGGAGCCCCUUAUGUGUGCAUACUGUGUCACAGAGCCAGGGGCUGGCUCCGAUGUGGCUGGCAUCAAGACCCGAGCUGUGAAGAUGGGUGAUGAGUAUGUGAUUAACGGGCAGAAGAUGUGGAUCACAAACGGUGGGAAAGCUAACUGGUAUUUCCUCCUGGCUCGCACUAAUGCAGACCCCAAAUGUCCAACCAGUAAAGCUUUUACUGGCUUCAUUGUGGACGCAGAUAGUCCAGGAAUUCAAUUAGGAAGGAAGGAGAUGAACAUGGGCCAGAGGUGCUCUGAUACCAGAGGCAUCACCUUUGAGGAUGUGAGGGUACCCAAGGAGAACAUCCUGAUUGCAGAGGGAGCCGGCUUCAAAAUUGCCAUGGGUGCCUUCGACAGCACCAGACCACCAGUGGCAGCAGGAGCAACAGGCCUGGCACAGAGAGCACUUGAUGAAGCAACCAAUUACGCACUGGAGAGGAAGACCUUUGGCAAAGUUAUUGCUGAGCACCAGGCUGUGUCCUUCCUCCUCGCUGAGAUGGCGAUGAAAGUGGAGCUGGCCAGGUUGGCGUACCAGCGGGCUGCAUGGGAAGUGGACCAGGGUCGCAGAAACACCUAUUACGCCUCCAUUGCCAAAGCCUUUGCUGGAGACAUUGCAAAUCAGGUGGCCUCUGACGCUGUUCAGAUAUUUGGAGGCAAUGGCUUCAACAGCGAAUACCCGGUAGAGAAGCUGAUGCGAGACGCCAAGAUUUACCAGAUCUACGAGGGCACAGCUCAGAUCCAAAGACUCAUUAUUGCCCGAGAACACCUUGGAAAAUUCAAGAAAUGAACUCAGCACACCAGACUUGUCCUCAUUUAAAUGUGCUUUAUGGUAAUUUUUACCAUAAUUAAAGUGGCAGUCAAAUGUUUAGAUGUGAGUUUGAAAGACAUUUUUCAUGUCUUCCAUAUUAAUCUAUAAUGUAUAAAAUAGAACUAUACACCAAUCCCUGACUGCCAAGGUCAGUUUAAUCUUUUGUACACGAUUUGCUGGAAAUAGAUAUGGCCUGUUGAAUACAGUGCAAAAUGUU